AUGGAGGAUAAUACGGUUGGUGCUUCAGAUGAUGAUACACAGUUGAAGGAGGAGCUUGAUCGCUCUGAAUCUGAGGUUCGUGAAGCUCAUCUUAGAUUGCAAAACGCAAUUGCAUCCAAGGAAGCGCUUGCUGCACGUACACAAUCUGCUCAUGCAGACCAUGCAAAAGUUACGCAAGUGACAUCUAAUACUCAAAUUCAGUCCGAGAAGAAGCAAAACUCUGAAGCUCAGUCCGUGUCUGAGUUGGAAACCCAGACAAGGGUUGUGAACAAACAAAAUUUCGUGGAUAAAUCUUUUAAAACUUCUGAAACUGUUGGGUCUCGUGAAACUACAGCUAAAGAAGAUAAUGCACGUACAGAUUCUAUCAAUGCAGGCCAUGCAGAUGCACUUGAUCAGUCUGGUGCUCAGUCCGUGGUUGAAUUGAUAAAACAUAAAACCACUCCUACUGAAGUUAUUGAUGAAGCUAAUCAGUUGGAAAAGGAGCUUGCUAAAUCUGCUGUUGAGUUGCGUGAAGCUCAGAUGAAGUUUAUUCAUUGUAAAAAUACUAUUGCAGCUCAGAAAGAUAUAGCUUUACGUAAAAAUCAGGAAGACAUGGCUGCACAAAGUUUUUCUAAAGACGAAUGGACUGAAAAAAUUUUGGGAGGUUCUAAUGCUGAAAAGAAGUCACCUACUGUGAACAUUAAGAAUGGCAAAGAAGGAAAAUCAAUCAAAUCUGUUUGGAAAGAAGUUAGUGAAACUUCCCAUGCAGGCCAUGCAGUUAACGUCAAUAAUGUGCAGGCUGGUAAGGAGAGUAUAGUUAUUGUUUCCCAUGAAAACCAUGCAGAUAACAUUAACAAUAUUGCAGCAAGGGAAGGUGUUCAGUCCGGGAAGGGGAAUGUGACAGAAGUGGCAACAAAUAGUAACGUUGUUUCUAAGGAUACUACAGUUCAAGAGUGCGAUGAGGAUAAACUGUUGGAGGAAGAGCUUAAUAACUCUUUUGUAGAAUAUAGGGAAGCACAACUCAAACUGAUCAAGUGUAAGAAUGCUAUUGCUGCGAGAAAAGAUAUUGCUGCAAGAAUUAAAUCUGCUACUGAAGUUAAUGUAGCUGUUACGCAAGUUCAAACCGGGAUAAGGCAAGAGUCAGGAAAUAACGUGGAAUCUGGCUUGGAGAUUCAGCCAACUUCCGUGCCCAAAAAGAACACUGAGUCCUUAUCCAAGCAUAAUCAGGCCGUGAAUAUCUCUCAUGGUCUGAAUACAAUGCCAGGGUCCUUAGAAGACUCGGUUUUAGAAUAUUCUUCAAAACAAGAGUCUGUGAAUAAGAAUAUUCAGGCCAAGCAAGCUGAUAAUCAAGUCGUGAAUAAUUCUCAAGGCUUGAUUACUAAAUCAGGGUCAUCGAAAGAGGAUUGGACAAAAGUAAAGGGCCAUGCAGUUAACGUCAAUAAAGUGCAGGCUGGUAAGGAGAGUAUAGUUAUUGUUUCCCAUGAAAACCAUGCAGAUAAAAUUAACAAUAUUGCAGCAAGGGAAGGUGUUCAGUCCGGGAAGGGGAAUGUGACAGAAGUGGCAACAAAUAGUAACUUUGUUUCUAAGGAUACUACAGUUCGAGAGUGCUAUGAGGAUAAACUGUUGGAGGAAGAGCUUAAUAACUCUUUUGUAGAAUAUAGGGAAGCACAGCUCAAACUGAUCAAGUCUGUUACACAAGUUCAAACUGGGAUAAGGCAAGAGUCAGGAAAUAACGUGGAAUCUGGCUUGGAGAUUCAGCCAACUUCCGUGCCCAAAAAGAACACUGAGUCCUUAUCCAAGCAUAAUCAGGCCGUGAAUUCUCAUGGUCUGAAUACAAAUCCAGGGUCCUUAGAAGACUCGGUUUUAGAAUCCUCUUCAAAACAAGAGUCUGUGAAUAAGAAUAUUCAGGCCAAGCAUCAGGUCGUGAAUAAUUCUCAAGGCUUGAUUACUAAAUCAGGGUAA